UCUCAUACAUCAACACAUGCUAGAAUUGAUGUGAAAUUAGUUGGUUGAUGAAUGGAUGUGUUUGACAGAAACUUGUUAGAUUUUUCAAUUAGUUUUCUACAGCAAGAACCUUUUAUGCAAGGUGCCACUCUCAUUUGUGCCUUUCUACCUCUCUCUCUCUUUUUUUUCCCUACCAUCAACUGUGUAUGGCAUUAUCUGUCUGUCAAAACCUCUUUUGGUGUGUCAAUGGCGUACAACUUAUAGCUCUUGCAAUUCCAACUAAAUUGGUGGGGCCCAUUGUUUCUACCUAUUGGAGCUGGCAGAUCAACUAAAUUAUUGGUCCUGUGAGUCACCUAGACACUUUGAAAUGAGGUCGUACCAAUGUCAGACACUUCACUUUUGAAGAAAUCGAAUGAUACCUCAAUUCAAUGCUUUCAUUAAAAAAAUCACUGAAUUAUUGAACUUUCAUAUUGAAUUAUGUAAAUUCAUAUUUUUAAAUUCUUUCUAUCAUUUUCGACUGAACGCUUCUUUGGUGCUCCCACUUCCUAAGCUUCUGUGAAAGUCACCACUGUCCUCUCUAGCACCAGAAUUGGUGAGGCAAAUAGUCAAAAAUGUGUUUUUCGAAGGAUAUGGUUAUCAUGGAGGAUCUUUCGAGCAGGCAUAUCGUUGUUACCCAGCCUCUUUUAUCAAUAAGCCGCAGUUGGAAACUGGUGACAAAAUCAUAAUGCCUCCCUCGGCCCUUGAUCGCCUUGCAUCUCUGAACAUUGAUUAUCCAAUGUUAUUUGAACUCUGUAAUCCCGCGGCAGAGCGGGUUUCUCAUUGUGGUGUUCUGGAGUUCAUUGCGGAUGAAGGCGUUAUCUACUUACCAUAUUGGAUGAUGGAAAACAUGCUUUUACAAGAGGGGGAUAUUGUGCAAGUGAAAAAUGCCUCCCUUUUGAAGGGAACAUAUGUGAAACUACAGCCCCACACAAAGGACUUCUUAGAUAUCUCCAACCCAAAAGCCAUCUUGGAAACGACAUUGAGAAACUACUCAUGUUUGACCACUGGUGACACCAUCAUGGUUGCCUACAACAACAAGAAAUUCUACAUAGAUAUUGUAGAAACGAAGCCGUCUUCUGCUAUAAGCAUUAUUGAGACAGACUGCGAGGUUGACUUUGCCCCUCCCCUUGAUUAUAAAGAGCCUGAAAGACCGGCACCAUCAAUUCCAUCAAGCAAGGCACCUGCUCAAGCCCAAGAGGAGCCCACCAAGGAAGAACCAAAGUUCAUCCCGUUUACUGGUGUUGCACAACGCCUGGAUGGGAAGCCUUUGAAACAGCCAGCCACAGCUUCUUCUUCUACACAAAAUGAGGCUCAAUCAGGAGUUGGUGCUAAUGGGGCAGGGUCUGCUCAAUCAAGCUCUUCAUCACGUCCACCUUCAGGAAAGCUUGUGUUUGGUUCGAACAUGAGCCAGGCUUCAAAGGACAAACAAAAGGUACAGAAGUAUUUCCUUCAGUGAGGUAUUUGUAUGUAUUCCUUUGGAAGAAAAAAAAUCUUUUGACCAUUUGCUGGUACUCGUGGUUCCCACCUUUUGGUAAUCUAGCGCACUCAUCUUGCAGAUGCAUAAUGGGAUGGACCAUGCCUUGUUUCCCGUAGGAGAUGAUCCUAGCCAUCAAAUUAGUGGAUUGAAAAUGGACAAUUACAGCAUAUUAAUGGGUGCCAAUUGGAUGGUUAGGAUUACCCAAUGGGGUUUGAGGUUUUUAUGCACAUCUCCCAUCCACAGUGAGGCGCUGUGGGUGGAAUGUCUCAGAUCACCAAUAUGUGGACCCAACAAGUAGUUUUUGGGCCAUGCAAACUGCUUGGUCCACCGCAUUCCCACUUUUAGCAUAUCCAGCUAGAAUUUAUCUAUGCGGAUCUGGUCACCCCACCAUGGCAGCACAUUUCUGCUGAUAUAGGCCCAACUGGGAUUUGGAUCGCCUGUACGACAUUUGCCUUUUAUAACUUAAUAGCUGCAUUAUGUGGUCCAUUACUGCCAAAAAAGAAAGGAAAAGAAAAUUAUUGAAAACAAUGGAUGUAUAUGAUUCAUUGUGAUUGCCUUCUGCUGUAGGUUAUGAAAGAUGCAAACCCUGAGCCACUGAAGGAAGAACCAAAGUUCCAAGCGUUCACUGGGAGGAAGUAUUCUUUGAAAGGUUGAUCUAAAACUAAUUCCUUCUUGCCAAUUAUUUAAGAGAGAGAGAGAGAGAGAGAGGAUAAUCCAUUCGAUUGAGGAAGAAUCAGUGGGGCCCAUUUCAGUGAAGAAUCAAAACCAUAUUUUGUUUAUUCUUAGUGAAUUUUACUGCAGAAGGAUUCAUCUCAGGGCUUUUGUAUAUGCAUACAACACAUUCUUUUUGUAAUUACUCCCUUGGACAUAUACAUGUAUGCAUGGGGACCUUUGCAAGGUUUCUGGAUUUUCUUUAUAAAUGGGGCUUCUGCCAGUGACCGUCACGAUUGUUCUUGUUGCUUGUGGGCCCCCCUUGUUACUCUU